AUGCUGAAUCGUCGGCGUAAUGCUGAUCAGCGACGCGGCCCCGGCGCUGCAGUUGCUUCGCCACCAGGCGCUGCCGCCACCGCCGCGGGCACCGCUGUGGCCUCGUCGUCAGGCGCUACCAACUCUGCCUCCGUCAUUGUCCCCGCCGCCGGGCCAAGCAGCCAUGCGCACGAGAUUCACUCGUCCACAGCUCUCGAUGAGGUGAUCAACGAGCGAGUGGCUGCGUUCGCACCGUGCAACCUCCCGUCGCUAGUCAACGAUGACACCAUGGACGAGGCGAGUGGCGGGGUCGGCACAUUGGGAGACGUCGCGCUGGUGGGGGAGACCACGCGCUACCGGGUGCGCAUCACGCAGGCCGUUGUGCUCAUGUACCUCCACAUCGGCAGCGACCCACCCGGUUUUCUCCGUGUGGAGCCAUGCGCGAAGAUGGAGUGCUGGGUCGACCCGAUGGUGGCGCACGUCGCCAAGAGCGCCCACCGCGGCGGCUGCGGCAGCGGCGCCGGCGGUGGCAGCGAUAGCAUCGCCGAGACACUCGAGCGGCAGUACCGCAGCGUGCUGCGUGACGACGUUGGCUUUAUCCGCGUCGUGGAGGCGAGCCUGGAGGUGUCCAAGUCGGCGCUCGCGAAGAGUCGUCGCAUUGCCCGCAGCAGCCGCAUUUUGAUCCACUACAACGGCCACGGCAUGCCGCGCGCCACGGAUCUGGGGGAAGUGUGGGUGUUCGAUAAAGAGCGCACGCACUACGUCCCUCUCAACAUAACCGAGAUGACGGAGCUGGUCGGCACGCCGGCCAUCUACGUCUUCGACUGCAACUCCGCCGGAUCCUUGCUGCAGCGAUGGUGCAGAGACCGGCUGCACGAGAAGCGGCCGCAUGACUUAUUCGUUUGCGCCUGCAGCCCCGGGGAGACUCUGCCACUGAGCCCAGCCCUGCCGGCGGAUCUGCUGACGUCGUGCUUGACGACACCGCUGCGGAUGGCGCUGGAGUGGUACAUUGGCUUCUCCUUCCACGCAAUGCUGCUGCCGCACGUGACGGAGGACAUGAUUCGCAACAUGCCUGGUGAUUGCAACGACCGCAAGUCUCCGCGCGGCGAGCUUAACUGGAUUCUCAACGCCGUGACAGACACGAUCGCAUGGUGCACCUUGCCGCCAGCGCAGUUCCAUUACCUGUUUCGCCAAGGGACCUCCAUCAAGGGUAUUUUCCGCAACUGCAUCCUAGCCGACCGGCUGCUGCGGGAGUCCGGCUGCACUCCCAUGACAUACCCGGCCCUCUCCGAGGAGGCGCACCUGCAUCCCAUGUGGGAGCUGUGGGAGUACACGGUGGACAAGUGCGUGAGCCAGCUGCCGCGCUUGCUUUCCGCCACGGACGAGGCCCCUGCCGCCUAUGAGCCGUCGAGCUUCUUCGAUGACCAGCUCACGGCCUUUGAGGUGUGGGUGGAGUGGGGUGAUAUGGCGGAGGUGCCGGAGCAGCUGCCGUGCGUGCUCCUCGCGCUUACCCAGGUGCUCUACCGCGUGCGGGCUUUCACGCUGCUCGCCAAGUACCUCGACUCGGGGCGAACAGCCGGCAAGCGUGCGAUCCUGUGCGGCAUACUGCCGUACAUGAGCAAGCUCGUCACGCAGGCGCCGGAGGUGUUUCUCAUUGUGACGGUCUUGUGGAUGCAGGUCAUCCGCGCCGACCCGGCAGAGGGAUGCAACGAGAUGCAGAAGUGCCAGGGCGAAAAAUACUUCACGAGCCUCCUCAAGCUGGAGGAGGCUUCCACGUUGAUCGAGUACGUCGAGUACGGUCAAAUGGUGAACUACGCACGGGUGGAGUCGCCGCAGAUGCCCAGCCCAAACUUUUCGCCGACGGCCGCCACCGCGGCACCGCGGCAGAAGCGCGCCGAGUUCCAGCCCCGCUCGCAGACAUGGGCUAGCACGACGAGCCUUGACGGCGCCACGGAUGCGGGCGAGCAGCCGCUGCAGCCUAUGCAACCGAUGCGCUCCCCGCUGGCCGAGGCGCCGUCGCCGCCGCCCGCACAGUCUGGCCUGGCCGCGGCAAAGCUGAACAGCGUCGCGAACCAUCUCGUGAAUCCAGGCCACACCGUGUACUUCCUGAUGAAAGACGUGAACCUUUCCCGGUGCAAGAGCAUGGCGUGCUACGUUCUAUGCCAGUUUCUGCAGCGUGGCGAGCGACAGUGCAUCCUGUCGUGGAACAACCGCCUUCUCAACGCUGCCUUUCCGUGCUUGUCCUCGACGAACGCGGAGCUGCGAUCGUGGGCGUGCCUGGUGCUGUCGCGUCUUUUUCUCGGGCUGCGACAUGCCAAGAAAUUCGCCUCGAAAGAGUGCGCCUCGCGUCUCGACCUGUUUACGCGGCUGCUGCAGGAUCGCUCACCGGUCGUGCGCAGCUCUUGCGUCACCCUUCUUGCCAGCAUCGUGGGCGUGCGAGUCGACCUGUUGCCACACGACCAGCAGGUCCGUCGUCUGCAGAUGGAGAAGUCCUUGCUGAUCAAGCUGCGCGAGUACAUCUUCGACGCGAGCAUGAAUGUCCGCGAGGAGCUCAUCUUUUUCUGUUGCGAGGUGUUGCACGCCUACCGCGGCGUCCUGUCCCUCGCGCACCGCGAAAAUAUCGCCGAAUACGUGCUGGAGGUGGGCCAACAGGGCAACCGGUGGGCGCUGGAGGAGGCGCAGGUUGGUGUCAAGUCGCAGCUCAACGCCGCCCGCCCCACCGUCAGCUCACUCUUCGACGACACAGUCGUCUUCGACACGUCUUUCCUGACAGCUGAUGAUCCACUGCCACCCACGCGCGAGGUCGAGGCGAGCAAGCUCUCACCAGCCGCCCUGCAGAUGGUGGAGGGCUUGUUGCACGACGCGGCACUGGUGCUGUGCAUGCUCUACGCAAACUGCGACGGUGCGCUGGUGAACAAGGCGCUGCGCUGCCUCUCCACCGGUGCUCCGCCGCAGUCACAGCGCUUCGCCUCGGAGGCGCUGCGCACGAUGUCGCGCGUGGCCUCUGCCGAGUCAGCCGAGUACUGGUCGGAGGCCGACCGCACGCGCGCCACGUGGAACACUGACAUCAUGAGGCAGCUGGUGCUCGACAUGCGGGACCGCAAGCUGGAGCCGCACCGCCGCUACGCCUACACCGGGAGCAGCCCGUUGCUCUCGCAGGACUCCAAUGGACACCUCGGCACAAAAGGCAACGGCGCCGCCUCGGCGGAAGCGUUGUCGGUGUCCUGCAGGAACGCCGAGGCAGAGCGGCACCUCGUGCUGCGCAGCGCCGUGCGCCCGGACACAGUUGUGUGCACUGCGUUUCGCGCACUCGAGGCGUCUAUGGUGGUCGCUACGAAGAACCAGCGCAUCUCAUACAUCUCGUACGACAACUACAAUUCGCAGCAGGAACUGCACAGCUUUCCAGUGCAGCUAUCAGGGCCACUGCAUGACGUGCAUGUAAUCAAUGACCUUUCAGAGCAGUCGGGGCUGCUGCUGGUCGACAAGCGCGGUGGAUUCACGCUCAUGAAGGGCUGCUGGGCCCCCUACUCGGUGCCCACCGAGGCAGCCGUGUUCUCUGCGUGUCCGCCGCCGCCGGCGAACCGCUGGCUGGAUCUGAAAUCAACGUACCGAAGCAGUGCAGCGGUGCUCUUCUACGGUGGCCCCAUCGCGACAGACGGCGGCACGGCGAUCCACAUGGUGUCACUCGCCGAGGAGCAGGUAGUGCAGCGACUGAGCGUGUCGGGCAACCCCGUGCUGACGAGCCUCGAGACGCACACGACGCAGCGCGCGCUGCUGGCGGGUUUCUCAGACGGCGUUGUCCGCUACUACGACGACCGUCAGCGGCAGGGUCAGAUGGGCGCCGUGGGCAUGGUGAGCUGUCGUGCUCCCGGUGCGGCAGUAACGGCAGCCGUGGAGGCGGUCGUCGGCGCCGGGCCCGUCGCGACCAACACCGGCUUUUCCAUCGCUGCGGCCACCCGUAGCGCGUUCUUUAUCUUCGACCCGCGCAAGCUGAGCGAGCCGCAGCUGAGUGUGACCCACCAGGAUCUCUACUACGGCUACGGUGGGCUCGAGGGAGCGUCGCUCGACAUCGGCGGUAUUGGCGCCGAUGCCGCGGCCGCUUCGCUGUCGUCGUCGUUGCCGAACACAAGCACUGUCCCCGUCCCCUGUCCUCCAUCGGCCCCCCGUAUCGCGCGCUGCUCUGUCGGCAUCCACACGGGGCUGGUGGGCCUUUGCUUCCAGAACAACACGUACGCCGCCUUCAACACGAAGGGGCUGAUCUUGAAUGAGCGCCCGCUGGCGGUGAUGGUGGGCGGUGUCGAGGAGCCCGCCUUGUCACAGCAGCAGCAGCAGGGACGCCAAUCCUCGGGCCCGUCAAUUUUGCCGGGCAGCUGCGUGGCGCAUCCCUUGCGUCCUCUCAUGACGUUUGGCGGCGAACUCAUGUUCUUGCAACUGUAG